AGAAAAAAAUUAAAAUAACUUUUAUAGAGGUGAUUUAUUUGUAUAACUAACACUUGCAUUAGUUAUAUAUAGGAUAAAAAUAUAUACCAAAUAAAAUACUACUAAUACACAUUAAAUUAAUAUAUGCAUUAACAUUCGAAUAUACUCUGCCAAACGCCCCUUAAAGCUGCGCUAACACCUCGAAAAUUGUCCUUUGUUCAAACUCAAACAAAGCCUUGUUCAGCUUUUCCGCCUCACUCAAAAAAAGCCUUGUUCAGCUUUACCGCCCUCCCUCCAUCUUUAUAGAGAAAAGAUUGAGCAAACUUCAAUCCUGAGACCUUUUAUCUGAAAGAUUGAAUCUUUACAAAGCUAAAUCAUGAAGAUUUUUGUAUUUGUGGUGGUUUGUUUUCUCACAUUUUCUAUUUCUGCUGUACUUUCACUGAAUUCAGAUGGUCUUUCUCUGUUAGCUUUGAAAUAUGCAAUUUCUUUUGACCCAUCUGAGUUUGUUUCUUCUUGGUCGGAGUUAGACUCAUCACCAUGCCAUUGGAAUGGAAUCACAUGCGAUGAUCACAGCCAGAAGGUCACCUCCAUUUCUCUCUCCGGAAAGAAUCUCACGGGCUACAUCCCGUCUGAGAUCGGAGCACUUUCUUCUCUAUCAAUUCUCUCUCUUUCCUACAAUAACUUUUCAAAAUCAAUCCCAAUUCAUCUCUUCAAUGCUACUUCCCUUCACUCCCUUGACCUCUCUAACAAUGCUUUCACCGGAUUCAUACCUCAACAAAUCACAUCCCUUAUAAACCUUAACCACCUUGAUCUUUCUGCUAAUUUUCUCAACGGCUCACUUCCCGAGGAGCUAACUCAUCUUACUCGUCUCACUGGAACCUUAAAUCUCUCAUACAACAGUUUUUCCGGCGAUCUUCCGGCGAGUUAUGGUGAGUUUCCUGUAACAUUGAGUUUGGACCUCCGGCAUAAUAAUCUGACCGGUAAGAUACCUUCAGUAGGGUCACUUUUGAAUCAAGGGCCUACUGCAUUUUCCGGCAACCCUUUUCUCUGUGGGUUUCCAUUGGAGAAUCCGUGUGCAGAACCAGAACCUCAAAAACCUAGUGUUUUACCGAACCUCAAAAACCCUAAGGAUCCUAAUGACGGUUUUGUAGGAAAAGGGAAAUCGGGAAAUGGGUCGGUGGUGGUUUCUUUGAUCUCCGGCAUAUCAGUGGUGAUUGGGGUGGUGUUUGUUUCAGUGUGGGCGUUGAGGAAAAAAUGGAAGUUUGAUGAGGGGAACAUGGGAAAAGAAAAGUUGGAGAAGCCGCCAGAGGUGGCUGGAGGGGAUGAGGAGGGGCAAAAGGGUAAAUAUAUAGUGUUAGAUGAAAGUUUUGGGAUGGAACUAGAAGAUUUGUUAAGGGCAUCAGCUUAUGUAGUGGGGAAGAGUAGGAGUGGGAUAGUUUACAAGGUGGUGGCUGGCAGCGGCAGGGUAUCGGCAGCAGGUGGUGCUGCGACUACGGUGGUUGCUGUUCGACGUUUAUGUGAAGGGGAUGCCACGUGGAGGUUCAAGGAGUUUGAGACGGAGGUGGAAGCCAUUGGGAAAGUACAACAUCCAAAUUUGGUGAGGCUUAGGGCAUAUUACUAUGCAAGUGAUGAGAAAUUGCUGGUUACUGAUUUCAUUCACAAUGGCAGCUUGCACAAUGCUUUACAUGGAAGACUUGGUAAUUCCUUGCCACCUCUGUCAUGGUCAACUAGACUGAAGAUUGCUCAAGGCACAGCUCGAGGUCUAAUGCACAUUCAUGAGUGUAAUCCCAGGAAGUAUGUUCACGGGAACAUAAAAUCAUCAAAAAUCCUUCUUGAUGAUGAGUUGCAAGCUUAUAUAUCCGGUUUUGGGUUGACUCGCCUUGUUUCAGGCUCCUCAAAGCCCAUUAAUAGUACCACCAAAAAGCUGAGUACAAGUCAAAUCAUGCUGGGUCCUAAAAACUCAACUUUGUCUUGUAUUAUGUACAUGGCACCUGAGACGAGGGUCCCUGGCUCCAAGUUCACCCAGAAAAGCGACAUCUACUCAUUUGGUAUCAUGCUUUUGGAGAUUCUGACUGGCCGGUUGCCAGACGAAGGAAUCGAGGAUGAUGGGAAGGGGCUUGAGCGUCUUGUUAGAAAGGUUUUUAGACAAGAACGACCCUUGUGUGAGAUCAUAGACCCUACUCUCUUGAACGAGGUUCAUGCUAAAAAGCAAGUCGUUGCAGCAUUUCAUAUCGCUCUCAACUGCACAGAACUGGAUCCGGAGCUUCGGCCAAGAAUGAGAACAGUUUCUGAUAACCUUGAUCGCAUCAAACUGCAGUAAAAGAAACUCAACCUAGUAAAGUGCUUUCCUGACUUCCUAAUGUAGAAGCUGUUUGGUGUUUUUAAAUCAGAAUUUUCAGUUUCUAUUGUACCAAAUUCUAGAUUAGGUGUUUCUAGUGAUCGUUGCUACUCUAGCUUCAAUGUUCUAUUUGUUGAAUCAAUUGAAAAUCGUUUGUGCUAGCCACCUAGGAA